CUUUCUUCACGGCUUCACCUUCACCGUGCGGCCGCUGUGCCCUCAAGGCCUCAAGUUUCGCCGCUCGCUUCCGGCCUCCCUCCACACGCUGACCAAUGGCGACCGCAAUGCGGAGCGCCAGCCUCCUACGUCUCGGCUUUUGCCACGUCUCCUCCCUCCUGGUCCAGGGCCUCCCUUGCCCCGCCCCGAGCCUGGGCUUGAGCCUGGGCGUUGGCCGGGCCGGGCUGGUCCGGCUCCGAUGCUCGGCGUCCGAGGCGGGGGACGGCGGGGGCAAGAAGGUGUCAGCGCGGCUGGCGCUGACGCAGCAAGUGCUGCGCGACGCCGAGGAGCGCGCCGCAUCAGCCGGCUCUGACCCCGCCCCCAAGGUCACCCUGGAUCGUGUUACUGUUAAUUUUGCAAGAAGUGGUGGUCCUGGCGGUCAGAAUGUCAAUAAAGUUAACACAAAGGUUGACAUGCGGUUCAAUGUUAAGGAAGCUCGCUGGCUAGGAGAGAGAAUAAGGGAACGGAUAUUACAAACGGAAAAGAACAGGAUAAAUAAAGAUGGAGAGCUUGUGAUAUCUUCUACAAAAACUAGAACACAGAAGGGCAACAUUGAAGAUGCUUUGCAGAAAAUACAGGAAAUUAUUGAUGCUGCAUCAUAUGUUCCUCCACCCCCUACAGAAGAGCAAAAGAAGAAGAUUGAGAAAAUUGCUGCAGCUGCUGAAAGGAAGAGACUUCAGAAGAAGAAAGUACUUUCACAGAAGAAGGAAUUUAGACGGAACAGAACUAGCUGGGAUUGAUGCAAGAUGCUUCGAGUCUCUGGCAAGUGUCAUUUGCUCAGCUUAUUCCAGUAGAUAGCUGAUCUGUACUUCAGUGAUGUACAUAAAUGGACUAAAACAAGGGCCAGACUUGCUGGAAGCAUCUUGGUGAAGAAGAAAGAAAGUUAAGUUUCAUUGGCGUAGCCAGUUUUUGUUUCAUCCAUUGGGGACUGGCCUCUGACGAGAAACACUGCUUUUGUCCUAAAACGUACUAUACACACCAGUUGUCCUGGUCCUGACCUUACUUCAUCUGUAACUGAGCACUCAUCACCAUAUUUGUAAGGCCAGCGGGCAGCGGUUCCCAUUUGAAUGA